CAACGCAACGCGAUUCAGUGAUACCACAAUGGCGUCGAAGCGAGCACGAGGAGAGCUGGAAGAUUUAAGGCCAAACAAGAAAAGCAGACAACCAUCUCUUUUAAGAUUCUGGUCCAAUCCAACAGAAGGUGGACCACCUGGCACAACUACAGAAAAUGACCACAGCAUUGACCUGUAUGAAUGUUCAGAUAUUGGAGACACACAGAUGAAAGAUGAACAACAAGGACCGUGUUUCGGUGUAAAGACAACUGAAGAGCCGGCGCUCAACCAAGCGGAUUUGCCCCAAACAACUUACGACAUAGAUAUAUCAAAGGCCAAGGACCGGAUUAGUGAAAUGGACGACUCUGGAAAACUCCAACUUCUUCAGACCAGAAAACCACCCAAAUCUUUCAAUUUCCCUGCCAGAGACUUUAAAGACAUCCGAAGAGCCAGUGGGGUGACCAAAAGAACAUGCCAGAGGGACUGGCUGGACAAGUAUGACUUUUUAUCAUACUCUGUUUACAUUUGUAAACCCAUUAUCAUCAUCAUAAAAACCCCCCCAAGAUCACCGCAAGCGGCCGCUGUAGGCCACCCCAAGCCCUGCCCUGAUGGGGGCAACAGACCCUGGGGUCAGACCCACCAGGCGCCCCACUCCGACCGCCCCCCAGAGCCCCAAGACCCAGGGACCCGCCCAGCCAGCCCUCGCACCCCGCAGGACGCAUCCGCCAGCCCCCCAUUCCACUAA